AUGUGUAACAUUGUCUCCUUCUUUCGCAGCAGUAACAGCUCUGCGCAGGAUGACCUCAGUUUCCACUCCCUGAUGGAAGAGAUCACCUGCUCCAUCUGUCUGGACGACCUGCAGGAUCCCGUCUCCAUCGCAUGUGGUCACACCUUCUGCCGCGUGUGUAUCAGCACGCACUGGAGCACGCCGCAGCUGGAAGGGUACCUGUGCCCCGAGUGCCGGAAGCAAUGUCCCCGAUACCAGAUAGCCCCGGACUACCGGCUGAUGAACCUCAUAUCCAAGAUCCAGAAGGGGGUGCAGGAGAAUGUGAACGGCCCCGGGAAGGGGUCACAGGUAUCCUCGGAGCAUGGGUACCCGGUACAGCUGGUGUGGACUGAUGGCAGCGGCUGCCUACAUUUGAACGAAUCGGUCCUGUGGGAUUGUUUUAUGAACUCUGAGUCAUCAAGUUACCCCGUCUACCUGCUUGGCGUCAUUGGAGAGAAGCGUCGGGGAAAAUCUUUCCUGAUGAAUUACAUUAUGAGGGCCCUGGAGAGCCAGGAGAAGGGCGAAGAGUUCAGCUUGGGGGCAGAAGACGAGCCCCUACAAGGGUUUCAAUGGAGAUCUGGCAUUGACAGCACUACAAAGGGUGUAUGGAUGUGGAGCAAACCAUUCAUACUGGGCGCCAAGGGGGAGAAGGUGGCGGUCUACAUCCUGGACACGGAGGGGUCUCUAGAUAUUGAAGGCGACCGGGAAAGCUGCAUUAAGCUCUCUGCGCUGUCUAUGCUGCUCAGCUCCCAUCUGAUAUUCAACGUGGCCAGCUGUCUGAAGGAGACGGAGUUGGACUACAUGGAGAUGUAUCUGCACAUGGGGGAGGAGUACGGCUCCCAGCGGCUACAGUAUCUGGAUAUUCUGAUCGGGGAUUGGCAUGACUCCAUUAAUUGCGGCAGAGACGCGGCCCGUUUCUAUAUUAAUCGUGAAAUUGAGAAGCUCCAGAAGGGCUGCAAUUACCCAAAAGUUUUAUGGGGCUUGAAAAGCAGUCACACCCGCUGUUUCUUGCUCCCCCAUCCGGGCAAAGGGAUAACAGGAGAGGGACAGGGACGACUUCAAGAUAUGGAUGAAGACUUCCAAGAGAACCUGCGCACAUUCAUAGUGGACGUGGUGAAAGGCGUGUGGCACCGCACUAAGAUGGACCGGACCGGGGGUGCCCUCUCCAGCGCACACCUUCCCGCCUUGCUGCAGGAAUUUGUUGACGUUCUUGAGCGGCAAAAAUACGGCUUCUCAACACCAAUGGAGAUGUUUUAUGUUAUUAAGAACCAGAAGAUCCUGGAGAACAUCAAGAUGGAGCUGGCCGAAUUCCUCAGUAAUCGGCCUUCCCACCUCUUGCCAUCCACCAUGAGAACCCUCGUCUCCGAGAAGAUGGAGGAACUGACCAAGAAGUUCACCGACUCCUUUCUGGGUCCCAACACAGCCCACCACACCAACCUGCUGGGGGAGCUGGAGACGCACCUGCAGGAAGAACUGGAGAAGUUCUGUUCUGGGUACACUACGCGUUUCACCUGUAACGCCAUCGGACUGGGCCUGACGGCGGGCGUCGGGUUGUACGGAGUGGUUGGCGCCGCCGCCGCCAGGGGCACCGUCAUCCUGGCCUCGCAGCCAGCUGUAGCCGUGGCAGAAAGCGCCGUCGCCAGGUCGGUGGCCACAGGCACUGUGACCCUGCUGAAGGAUGGACUGUCCGCCCUGGUGGGGCGAUUUUUCCGAGGUGGCCUUUAACGCAUGA